AUGCCUCACGCGGACAGCAGCUACUUGCCCGACAGUGUAAUAACCAAAGCUCAACUCUGGGCUCACAUACACGAACAAUUGGGAUAUCUUAUCGCCAGCCAGCAUUCCUUCCGGACGGACUGUCAGGUGUCCAACCUCGCCAACGCAAGUAGCCUCAUAUAUCAUUCGCUCGCAUCCUUUCCCGAGUUUGGAACGGGGGAUUCGGCGGUGAAUUGGUCUGGCUUUUAUUUGGCCUCUGAGUUUGUCCCUCACUCCAAGCCAGACCCGUCCGGACCCAGACUACUCCUCGGUCCAUUCUGCGGGCGCCCGGCAUGCCAGUUUAUUCGAGCUCAACCAGGCAAGGGCGUCUGCGCUGAUGCCUUUGUCAAUAAAUCUACUGUGCUUGUCAAGGACGUCGAGGCCUAUCCAGGUCAUAUCGCAUGUGAUGGGGGAACAAGGAGUGAGAUUGUUUCGCCUAUUUUUGCUGCAGAUUGUUUGAAGGAGGGCGCGUUUGAGGAGGUAGAUCGUGAAGGAGUUGAGAAGAUCGCAAAGCUUCUGGGAGGGGUGUGA